AUGGCAAGGAAAACUGAUAUUGGAAGAAUUGAGAAUUGUUGGAACAACAUGAGGAAUCAGAGGAAAUUUAGCAUGAUGAAGGUUUAUAAUCUCUUGAUUGAGGAUGAUAAUAGGGUUGAUUGGUACCAUAUGAUGGCUCAUAAUUUUGCAAGGCCUAGAGCAAAAGUGAUCCUUUGGCUUAAUACCAUUUGUGAUAUGUGUAAAGAGGAUGAUGAAGAUCUUGAUCAUCUAAUGUUCAAGUGUAAGGGUACAUUCACUAUUUGGCAAGAGAUUUUGAAGUGGCUGGAUAUGAAGAUGGAUCACAAUAUUGACAUGGCUUGGAUUAAAAGGAAAUCUAAAGGGAAAGGUUGGCCAAAUGCUCUAUUAAAAGCUGCUACAACAGAAGUCCUUUAUGGAAUUUGGAUGUAUAGAAACUCUAUGAUUUUUGGUAAUAAGAGGUCUUAUAGAGAUACUCAAUGUGUCAUUAGGAAUAUAAUAGAUUCUAUAGUCUAUAGAGGGUGGAUGAAAUCCAAGUAUAGAAACCACAUUGUUAAUAUUCUCAUGUAA